CGCAGAUAUAUUAUAGUCCAUUGAUUAUCAGUAAAUAUGUAAGUUUUACUGUUUGUCUAUACAGUAGCAUUAAUAAAUUUUGUUUCAUAGGUUUUCUAAGUUUUGACGAUUUUAAUUUUUUCGUUUAUGUUAAAAAAUGGUUGUACAUAAAAUCCCAAUAAAACAUAUAAACGAUGAUCAACAUAUACAACAAAUGGUGACCCAACAGCCAACUAGUUUUCAUAGGUCAUCAAAGCCUGUACCACUUGUUCGACAAGCUCCAGUUUUUGAUUUGGAAGUUAUUACAAGCGACAAUUUUGUCCCAUGGGUAUGUGUCUAAUAAUUCUUGUUGAGUGUAUUUAACAGUUUGACAUUAAAUAUACCAAAUUUGUUUUUUAUAGACAAAUACAUUUAAUAUGCGUCAAGUUACUCUUGCUAAUAUUAUAGAUGUACCCAAUGGUAAUAAUAAUAGUGAGAAAGCUACAACAAAAGCCGUCAAAAUGCGUGCAAAAAAUUUGGUCAACGCUGCUAAAUCUUUAGAUUUACUAAGACAAAAUUUACAGAAUUCCAUAAACAAAGAUAUUGAUAAUGUUAUAAAAAAAUAUUUAACAGUAUGUAUUUACAGUUAAAUUGUAAUUCAAUCAAUAUUUUUAUUGAAAUUAAUUGUUUAGACUUAUUUUGGCUUAGCCAUUGAUAAUGUAAAAAACAAUUUGGGUUCAAAUUGUGUUACUGAAGAUCACAUAAGAGAAGUUUGUCGAACAAUGUUAGAUGAAGCAAAAUUAAUGUAUUCAAAUCCACCAUUGUCUAGCAGUAAUUCACCAUUCAAUACUGCCCAAACUACAGAUAUGCUUAUAGAAUCACGAUUCGUAAAGCAACAUUCCAAAGUAACUAUGGGUUUUGUUGUGUUUGAUAAUUUUAGAAUUAAUAAUACUUAAUACAUUUUCUGAUCGCAGAAUAGAUCUCUACUUAAACGUAAAGAGCCGCCUGUUCAAGAAGCCGAUAAUAAAAUUAAUCCUAUUGUUGAACAAACGUCUUCUCAUCAACCAUUGGUGAAAUUUCAGUCUGCUUGGGACCCAACCAAAAUUCAUUCUCAAACACUAUUUGUGUUGGCUACUAGAGCUAAUAAGGUACCUAAUUUUUAUAAAAAUGAUUACCUACUAUAUUAUGGUACUUUGGAAAAAUUAUUUUUCCAUAUAUAUAAUAUUUAAUUCAAUUUAUCUAUGUCAGUUGAAAUAUUGGUUAUUUUUGGUAUCAAUUUUUAAGCAGAUUAUUUUUAAUUGCUGCCUAAUACCUAUGUUUUUCAAGAGUAUUUAAAUAAAGAAAGCCUUUAAAUACUAUGCAUUUUUUGUUUGAUAUUAUUUUACUAUAGCUACUUUUUUCAUUGAAGUGGUGGGAGGGAAAGUAUGUCUGUGAAUAAAUAAUAAUAUUUUCAAAAAAUAUUUACUGAAAUAUCGUUAAUACAGAAAAAUUAUACACAUUAUAUAUUUUUUAGAAAUUUUCAUCCAAUUAUAAAAUGAUUAUCUUUUUUUUUUGUAUUACAUAUUUGCACAUUGCGGCAUUCUGUGGUAAAAUAAAUGAUAAUUGAUUAGUAGUAAAUGGAUGCUAUGGUCUUUGAAGAACAGAUCUGACAACUACCAUCCUCGCCUCUUUCCAUGUGGAGAAAUGUAAACUGUAGAAAUAGAUGUUCUUAAAAUGCAAGCCAAUAAGGAAGAAAAUACACAAGCAUACAAAUUCAUAAACCCAAUUAAAGGUUUAUGUGAAGUUUUACUAAGUAAAUUUUUUUAUACUUUAAAGUUUAAAAAAGAAACAACUAGGAAAGUUUUCUGAAUUGCUUAUUGUAUAGCAAUAAAAUUCAGCAACCCUACAUUGGUAUACUCAUGUUUGUGGGUUCACAAUCGGUCAAUUAAAUUCUUACUAGUAAAUCGUGUAGCAGUAUAAUUGACCAUAUUUCAAUAGAAUUUGGAAGAAAAAUGUGUAAUGACAUAAAAAAUCCGAGGAAAACUUUUAUUCUUGUAGAUGAAUCUACAACUUCAAAUCAAAAAACUAUAUUAGUUAUUUAUCUAAGAACUGUUGUUGGCAGAGAUAAUAUGAUAAUUACUUUUUUUUUUUUUUUGGUAAAGUUGAGUUAAGUUAUACAUCUGAUUGAGAAAUGAUGCAAUAAUUAAAAAUAUUAUAUUCUUAAAUAUGUCUUUAAAUGGACUUAAUGAAAUCUAUUGUAUACAUUGAUAACAAUGCAUAUAGUAUCUUCUGUUAUGUUAAUUCAAUGUGUUAGACCUCUUGUUAAUAUUUUGUACUAAAUUCAUGUGUAUUAUCUUAAAUAAGAGAAAUAUCUUUUGAUGAAGUGUGCUAUUUAAAAGGAUACAUAAAGAGGACAAUAACUGUUAUGAAGAAUUAUGUAGUAUAUUAUUAUAUUAUACAUAUAUUAAAAAGCUUAACCUAUUUAUAUUGUUAUUUUAUAUAAAUAGAAGGAUCUAAUUUAUCAUAAAUCAUUUAUUUUAAAACUAAUUUUUAAAUUUGUUACUCCUAUAUAUAAUUUAAAUGAUUAUUGACUUUUGAUUUUAAAAUAAGUAUCCCCCCUCCACUCGCUUUUUGAACACAUAUUUAAAUAAAUAAUAUAUUAUAUUUCUACAUAUUUUUAUAUGUAUAACACUUAUAUUAAAUUUAUUAUUUAUGAGUUAUAAAAGUUUAAAAUUUAGUAUGGAAGAGCAAUAAAUUUCAUAUACAUUAUUAGAUUUAAAUUCAUAUCCCUUCUCUAUUCUUCUGGUCUAAAUCGUAAAUUGCUACAACUCAGUAAAUUUGAUAUUAGCGUUUUACCUAUCAAAUUUUUAUGAAAAAUAUACUCCGUUUAAAAGUGGUGUUGCUAUUAAUCAAAAUGUAUACUCAAUUAAGGUAUACAGAUUAGGUAUGAUAAAAUGCAUAUAAAAUAUUGUUGAAAUAAAACUUAAAUAAUUCUAAAAUGAUAAAGAAAAAACUUUAAUGAAAUUCAUUUAAAAUUCUUUGAGAAAUCACUGGUUCAUGAUAAAUUAAUCACUCUGUAUAUAUGUGAAACUACUUAUUAAUUUAACUAAUUAAAGAAUGAUUUUUAGUUUAUAAAUAUUUAUAUUCUAUAGAUUGAGUUAUAAUGUAAUGUAGUGGAUUAUAUUUGAUUAUUUUUGAAAAUUGAUGUAAGGGAAAUGUGGGGAUAAGCGAAGUCCCCCAUGGGUUAGGUUGAAUUUAAAUCAUUUCAAGAAAUCUUAUUUUUUUAAUGUCCUUAUAUUUUUGCAAUUCAAGUACUACUGUUAAGUGUUACCAUAUUAUUUAGUAGCUAGUACCUAUAGAAAUGUUGUUCUUUCAUUUAAUUAACAUUCAAUCAUGUACAUUGAUGAAAGUAAUUUGUAUGCAUUUUACAGAGAGGAGGACGUAUGUACAAUAAACAUCCAGAAUUAUUUCAAUAUACUAUAGACUUGGAAGAUCGUGAAUGGUUGAUGAAGCAGAAAUUAUUUGUUUUACCACCACCUUCACCUGCAAAUUCUACUUCUAUACUGUUAUUAGAAGACGUGCAAUUAAUACUGAGUAGUGUGAAUUACAAGUAAUAAAUUUGUUCUUGUGUUUUACAUAGAAAUUAAUUAAUUUCUAAAACUAAUAACAGUUAAUUUUAAUUAUUUUUCUACUUCAAUUAAAAAUAAAACUAUUAAAUUCCAUAUGUAAAAAUUAUAAUUAUGAUAUAUCAUAAUAAUUCAUAUACCUAACAAUUAGGUGUUAUCAAUUAAGGACAUUUUUGCCAUAACAUUUUUAAUGUUUUCCAUGAAAACAUGUCUGUUUGAUUACCAUACAUUUAUAUUUUUAGGGAAAUUAUUUAGAAGAUACUUAUUUUAUAAUUUGAAAAAUAAUUAAGUAAUAUAUUUUAAUUUAUUUUUAUUCCAAUGUCAAGAACAAUGAUAAUAAAUAUUUUAUAAUAUGUGAAAAUUGCACUUAAAACAAAAAUAAAAUAAAAUAUACACUUAUAUGGAAAAAUAAAAAGCCAGAUAUGCAAAAUAAAACAAAUUGCCUUGAAUUUCAAAUUUAUUGUCUAUACAAAAUAAGAAUAGUAGUCAGCGGUGAUGAGUUUUCAUUGCUGACAGUCAUAGCCAUGCCCAUUCUAUCUCCCGCUUGGUCAACUAUCUAUUUUACCUUUCAAUUAACCGUAAAAUAGAAACUUUGUACUGGUCGGCUGUCCAAUGUCAAUUAUAAAUUAAUACCGUUCUUCGGGACGGCAGAGCCAACGCUUCGCGUAUUGAAGGCCACGCCCAUGUGCAGAACUCGGCUACCAACUAUUAUGCUUAUUUUAUAUAGACUAUAUUCAUGUUUUGAAUGAUUAUUGCAAAACAUGCAAACUAUUAUAAGUCUCUAGCCGUAAUUAUAGUAUAUUAUUUUGUUAUUAACUUAAGUUGUAUUAGAGUAGAGGAUUGUUCGCGACCUAUUUUUUUGCUAACUAAAUUGUUUUUCAGGAAAUACUCUCAUCCCUUAUACAGGGUGAUUUUUUUUUUAUCAUGAACUAGAAAUCUCUGAGGAUUUUAAGUGAAUUUGAUUUCUAUUUUUCUAAUCUUUGUGGAAUCGUUUAAGCUUUAUUUAAAAACCAUUUUUAGUUCUUACUUUUUACUCCUGCUCCAUACACCUUAAAUAAGUGCAUACUUUUGAUUUUAAAAUGGGAUCCCCACAUAUUUGAAUAAAUAAUUUUUUUCUAGAAAUUUUGAUAUGCAUAACACUAAUAUCAGGUUUACUGUUUAUAAGUUAUAACAGUUUAAAGUAUAAACCGAAGAAGUAGAGAAGGGUUAUAGAUAGACAGUUUAUUAUUCUUCCCAACUUCUCCAGUCUAGACUUUAAACGGUUAUAACUCAUGAAUGGUAAACCUGAUAUUAGUGUUUUACAUAUAAAAAUUUCUAGAAAAAUAUUCUCUAUUCAAAUCUAUGUCCAAAAGUUUGGAUCCCAUUUUAAAAUCAAUUUAUGCACUUAUUUAAGGUACAUGAAACAAAGGUAAAAAAUUAAAAAUGGUUUUAAAGUAAAGUUUAAACAAUUCCACAAAUAUUAGAAAAACAGAAAUCAAAUUCACUUAAAAUCUUCUGAGAUAAUUGCUGGUUAAAAGAAUUACCCUGUAUAGUGAAUCAAUUUCAAUCAUCUUUUUUUUAUUGGAUAGAGGAAUAUUAUGAUUUAAUAAGAGUUUGAAUACGAUCAAUUUUUAUCAUACUUAGUUUUGUGGUUUUUGGUUACUAACUCAAAAAUUUAAUCUACAAGUGCACUAAAAUGCACUUGUAGGAAGUUUUUCAUUUUUCAAUAGAAAACAAAUUUUCUGAAUUGGAUCUAUUUACGAGGCUAGUGAGUUGGGCUUCCAGUUAGACUGCCUACCCACUGACUGUAUCUGCUAUCAAAAAUACUGACAUCUAGACGUUUUUACCUGUUCCCAUAUCUCAACUAUUUAACUUCUUACAUAUCAUUAUUUUCUCAGUAUCCUACUGCCAGUCAUACUAAUAACCCACCAACAAAACUGAAAUUUAGACAUUCAAUGUAUUUUCCCUUCUCCUGUAUCUUAAUAUUAUUAUUAUUCCUAUUUACCUACCUUGGUAUCCUUUCCGACAAGUUUUGACCAGAAGUUUGUUUAAUAAUAAAAAUUUGAUAUAUUGGAGGCAUUUUGAAUGAAUCUUUUAUCAAGGGUAGGUGAUUUAGUAGGUAAUAUUAUAUUAUAGAAAUUAGUACAAAAAAAAACUCAAACUUCAAUACGCCACAAAUGGGAUACAGAAAUAGUAGGUUAGCAAAUUUAGGAUGCCUUGAUAUAGUUUAUAAAACAUGUUUACAUAAAUGUUACAUUAGUGUAGAUAUCUAAAUAAUAUAAUUGUUUAUUUUUAAUAAGUAUGUACAAAUAAUUUGAUUCUAUUUUUUAAAUUGAUCUCUUGUUGAUUAACUUAGAAACUCAUUAUAUUAUACAUUUUCAGAAAUAAUCCUCAUGAACUCAAAGGUUUUGAAUUACCAGAGUUCAUACUGAAUAAAGUAAGAAACACAAUGUUACUCAAUAAACCUCCUGAUUUGCAGUCCCCUCAACAAAUUAUUAUCACGGAAAAUGGUGAAAUUGAAGAUCAUGCAGUAAUGCAAACAUUAAAUUCAUUAAUAUUCUUUUUAUCAGUAUUGUGGUAAUUAUUUUAUUAUCAUCUUCUUUUAGCCAUGCAGUAUAACAUUAAACGAAAACACAAACUCUUCAAUCACCCAAUCGGCUGCUCAUUCAGAAUCAAGUAGUAUAAUUAUUUCAGGUAUUAAGCCUAUUUUAUAAUAAUUGAUAUAUUUUUGUAUAAUUAAAUAAAAAAAUAUUAAAAUAAUAAUAUUCAAACUUUAUUUGAAGAAAAAAAAAACUUUCAUGAUUUAUGAUAAUGCAAAUCUAAUCUUUAAUAAUAAAAUUACCAUUAUUCCUUACUCAAAUUUGCUAUAAUUUUGUUUUUGAUUUAAAUUGUAAAUUCAAUGAAUUAUUAAGAAAGAAAAAAAAAAAGCUGAUACUGGGGAUGGGUGCUGUUAUAGGAUGGCCACUGUUAUAGGUCGGUAGUUAGGAAGAUAGAGUACAUAAAGUUAUUUAAUUUAAACCUGUAAUUAACUAUAAAUUAUCACUAAUGAAAAAGUAAUUUGGAGCAAAGUUCAGUUAUACAUGUUUUGAAAUGCCAUAAUAUUUAUGAUUUUUUUCAAAAUUUGAUUUUAAAACUAACAAAAAAAAAAACUACAUAGAUCUCAAAUUUUGUUUUUAUUUUUUUGGCUACCAAGUACAACUUAUAAUGUACUUCCUGUCAAAUUUUUUUAAGCAUUUCUGUAAUCCAACAAUUGUAUACAGCCAGGGUAUAUGAAUUACCUAUCAAAUUCAAAUUAUGUAAAACCCACUCAAAAUUAAAAUUUCAGAAAAGUUGCUUAAAAUCAAAAAAAAUUCUACAUCAUAGUAAAAUCAAUAGAUGCCUCGUUAUGCCCUGAAUCUAAAAUCAAAGUAUUUAGCUCAAAAUUAUAUUGUUAUUUUUGUGACUAAAUAAAAUCAAUAUUCAUUGAAAUUUAAUAAUAGAUUAAAUUAAUUUUUGGUAUUUUGUAUUAUUAAUAUUGUGAUUUUGUAUCUUUAUUUUCAAAUUAAAAUAGUUGGUAUCAAAAAGGUAACAAUUUUAUAGAUUAAUAUGUUAAUAUUAUACUGAAGUCUGGUAUAAUUAGAGACCAGAUUUAUAUGCUCUUAAAAUCUACAAAAAAGCAAUUGAAAAUGUUAAAAAAAGGCUUGAUAAAAGCACUUAAAAAAUAUUUAAAAAAACAAAAAUAAUAGAUGGAUUUAAGAAUUCUCCCUCUAACGGAUUUAACUUGUAAAUAAAAUUUUCUAACACUAAAAAAAUGAUUAAAGAAAAGUAAAACUUUUUUAUAAUAUGUAUGACAUUAUUUAAAAGAAUUUAUUUUGUAUGAAUCAAUUGUGUAGUGUUAAGGAAUUUAAUUUAAUAAGUUAAAGCUAACUACUCUAUCAUUUUUGCUUUUAUAAAUGUUUGUAAAUUUUUUUUUUUAGCGAUUUUAAAGUGCCUUUUUAUAGAUUAUUGAACCUCUGUUGAUUGAGGUUAAAAGCUGUUUUAGUUUUAUGGAAUCGAGUUUUCCGUGUAAUUACCAUGUUUUUAAUUAUAAUGGUUUACAGAAUAUGAGGAUUUUUCCUUUAAAUAGAAUUAGGCAUAUUUGUGAAAUGUUAUAUUAUUUAUUAAAUUAUUUAAAUUUAGUUUAUUUCAAAUAUAAUUUUUUUAUUUAAACUCAGGGACAUCAACAACACUUGCUGAAGCAUUAAAUAUGCUCGAGUAUGGUGAAAGAUUACCUCCACAUAAUGAGAUUCCACAUUCAUCACCCAAUAAUAACUCAGGAUUGGCAACCACACAUUCCACCCUAACCGCGCUGUUAGCUGCUGAAAAUAAUUUUAUGUCCAAUAGCAGUCACACUAGCAAUAAUACACAGUUUGGAAUGUAAUAUUUAUAACAUUUAUACUUCUAAUAUUUAUUCUAGUCAUCUAGUCUUGUGUGUAAACCACAAUUAAAUAUAUACACUUAUAACGGACUGAGAUAUCUUAGGAUUCGUGAUUAUUAUUAUUAUUUAUUUACCAUUACCAUAUUACUGUGCCAGUUCAUUUUACAAUUAAUAUAGAGUGCGUGUAAGACAUUUCUUAUCAUUUAAAAGUAAAAGACACUUCGGGGUCUCGUUAUCGUGCCUUGUUUUGUAACAAUUAUAUUUUUAAUCGUGGUGUAAACUAUUAUCAAAAUGUAUAGUUAUAUUAUUAAUUGAUUUGACCAUAAUCAAUUAUAUAUAAAAUGUGUACCUAAUUUUAGUGCAAUAUUUGUUUCUUAAUUUGUAGGUGUUUUAUUCUUAUUAAAUAAUUUAUUAUGAUUUUGAAUUUAUUUACAAAAAUGCUUAAUUUCUUAUAUGAGUUUGUAUUUUAAUAGUUUAUCUCAGUUAAUAGUAGUACUAAAAAUGUAGUUCUAGAACAAUAUAAAUAUAAUACACAUGUUAAAUAAUGAAUACUUUCAACGGUUUUAGUCAAUAUUCACAAUUUUGAAUAUAUUACUUUCUAUUUUCUAUCAUAGAAACAAACUAAGUAGAUCUAAAGAAACUAUUGUUUUUAUUGUAAUUGUUUGUGUAGUAUUUAAAAUUAAAUAAAAACAUUGUUCAACAUUAUGAUUAUAUUGAGAAAUGUAUUGUGUAGAAAUUAAUAUUUUAUUGUAU